AUGAUUAUAAGGGCUAUUCCAGAAAUCCCGGAAAAUGUUGACGAUGGAAACUGGGAGGAUGGGUUGCGUCGAUUGAGCGACCCGAAUAUGCUGCUGCUUCGUGGUGUGGCAAUCUUACAUCUGACCCUUACAAUUAAGACUGCCUCUAAUUCAUGUCCACAUUUGUGCUCAUGUUCUCGGGAUACAGUCAUUUGUACAGGACAAGGUCUUCUCAGGAUACCAUCCAAGAUACCACCCGAAACUGUACGACUAGACCUUCAAGAGAAUAAAAUAUCAGAGAUACGAAAGAAUGACCUUAAAGCUCUGCGUCAUCUCAAAAUCUUACAGUUGAUGGAUAAUCAAAUUCACAUGAUCGAAAGUAACGCCUUCGAUAAUUUAAUAGCACUGGAGAGACUGCGAUUAAACAGAAAUCGUUUGCGGACAUUACCAGACGAAAUCUUCAUCAACAAUGUCAAUUUACAUCGUCUGGAUUUGAGUGAAAAUCUAUUAACUGUAUUGACUGACGCGCAAUUACAAGGGCCGAAAUCGGUGCGCAAUUUACAACUUGAUCGAAAUUUUCUAACAUGCUUGGAUAGCCACGUGAUAGCAACAUGGACAGAAAUGGAAAUUUUAACUCUGAACAGGAACAAUUUGAGUACAAUGGGGCAGCUUGGACCAAUGCCCAAUAUUCGCAUCCUGAGGCUGGCAGAAAAUCCAUGGCUUUGUGAUUGUCGUUUACGAUGGAUGAAAAAAAUCAUUUCCAAUUCACAUUUAUUGGCUCGAAAUACACAAUGCCAUCGGCCAGCACAUUUACAUUCUCGUGUGCUGGAAAAUAUCGAUGAAACGUUAAUGAAAUGUUCUGGGAUUGAAAAACGUGCAGCGAGUUCAUGCCGUGAUGCUUCAGUGUGUCCGCCAGUUUGCACCUGUACCAAAACGACGAUCGAUUGUCGGGAUCGUGGUUUAACACAUAUCCCAGCUAAUCUACCCCCGACAACUACUGAGCUAAGGCUUGAACAAAAUCAAAUAAACUAUGUGCCUCCUCGAGCAUUCCAUAAUCUCCAUCAACUCAAACGACUUGAUCUCAGCAAAAACAAUAUUAGAGACAUUGGUCCACGAGCAUUUGAAGGUUUGAAAUCAUUAAACUCGCUCGUGUUGUAUGGAAAUAAUAUAACUAAUUUACCGUCGGAAGCGUUCCAUGGACUUGUUAACCUUCAGUUAUUGCUUCUGAAUGCUAAUAAACUGCAAUGUCUUCGAAGAAAUACUUUUUCAAGCCUGAAAAAUCUAAAUUUGCUAUCUUUAUAUGAUAAUCAAAUUUAUUCAAUUGCCAAUGGAACCUUCGAUGGAUUAACUAAUUUAACAACACUUCAUUUGGCCCGCAAUCCAAUUAUUUGUGAUUGCAAUCUUGAAUGGCUUGCUCAUUUACUAGCUAAGAAAGCUGUUGAAACCAGUAGCGCACGUUGUGUUUCACCAAAACGAGUAGCUCAUCGACGUAUAUCCACAUUACAUCAUUCGAAGUUUCGAUGUAAAGGGUCAGAAGCAUAUGUAACAGCUAACGCCGGUCGCUGCAUCAUCGACCAUCCAUGCCCAGUUGGCUGCUCAUGUUUGAAUACGUUAGUUGAUUGCAGAUUUCAAUUGACUGGUUCGGUUUGA